UAUUAUUUAUUGUUUGCAAAUGUUAUGGUUUCAGGUUUACAAUGGUUUCAGGAUAUCCUAGGUAACCAGAAGACUAACUCUAGAAGUAUAUACAAUACAUACAAGAACACAAGGGAGGAGGAGGAUGCGGGAAAUUACUUAAUACUCUGUGUGCCUAAAGAACUGCUGGCUUUCUCUUGGUCUUUCGCUUUCUCCCCCCCUGACUCGAACUCAGCUGACGGGGUUACAGGAAGGAAACUAAUCAGUUGAGCACUCAUCCUCCCCAAUGCAACAGAGAUUGUGAUAUCAGGAGAAGUUAUAAAAUGCCACACUUAGAAAGACCCUUAAGUGCUCCGGCAGGGGUAGUACACCCGGAUACUCUAGACAAGGACGGAGUAGAGGGAUCCAUGGAUCCUGAUACACUAAAUGAAACUUCAGUGAUGCUAAACGUGAAAUCUAAAGCUGUGGAUGUAUCCCAGGUUCCCAUGUUGUUAAAUAAACCAGGACGGGUUGACCCCUCUCAGACUAGUCCUAACAGUAACCAGGAGGAUGGAGAGGAGGAGGAGGAGGAGGAGGAGGGAGGUGCUCAUGAUACAAUUACAUCACUAGCUGGCGUUAAAAUGUUGCAAAAAUACCGGAGACAAAUACGGGGUCACGGUUUUAAUAGACGGGGUUCGCAGGGUUCUACUGCUAGACUGGAGGAAUUGUUCAAGGAGGAACCUCUACUGGAGGAGGAGGAAAAAGCAGGACUGACAGAUGAGGAGCAGGAGGAGGAGGAUGAACCCGAGGAUGUAUUUAUCCCUCCUGACGGAGGAUACGGUUGGUUGGUUGCUCUAGGUGCUUUCAUUUGCUUGUUCUGGACUGCUGGGUUAGUAAAAUCCUACGGAGUUAUCUUUGCAGAGAUGAUGAAACUGUAUCCUGAGGAUAUCAGAAUCGCGUCCUGGAUCCCGGCAGCUAUGACAACAACUGCUCUAGCGAUGGCUCCGAUUGCUAGCGCGCUAUGCCAAAGAUUAAACUGCCGACUAGUGACAGGAGCAGGUUCCAUCAUUGCAGCAAUAGGGUUAACUUUGAGUGCUUUUAUGCCAAACCUUCUCUGUAUGUUCUUCACACUAGGGAUACUAACAGGAGCUGGAAUAGGGUUAUCCACUACUCCAGGUAUAAUUCUGACCGCAAGAUAUUUUGAUAAGAAGAGAGCUCGAGCUAACGCGUUCUGUCUCUCCGGUACAGCAGCAGGGAGCUUCUCUCUACCAAUACUCAUUCAAAACUUACUCAGUGUGUACGGUUUCUCCGGUACUCUACUCCUGCUUGGAGCCUGUAUGCUCCAUGCUCUGAUAAGCGCUGCUCUUUUCCGACCUUUAGCUGUUCAUGUUCAAAUAAUCAGGAAUAAAGCUAACAAAGCUGCCCGAGAUGCUCUAGAAACAGAAGCAGCCGCCGCACUACAAGCUGCUCCGACCAGAGAAGUAGAUAUUGAAAAUGGAACUGCUCCGGAACCAAUAAAAAAUGUGGAUAAUGGUUCGGAGAAACCUGUUGAUGAUGAAUAUCCUGUUCCGUCUUACUCCAGUAGCUGUCCUCAGCCCAGUUUCAUGGGAGACAUGAGGUCCCGUCACAACUCAGAGGAGUUCCCUGCUCCUCUUGUUCCUCUCUCCAGGUUCAGAUAUAUCGACAACUCGUUCGAUACGAUAUCUAUGAUGAGCAGUGUUAGCAACAGGUCUUCUGAGCCGGAUAGAUACAACGAGAUUGAACCAGGAUUUCAUAAAGAUAUCUCCGGUAGUAGAUUAGACAAGAAGAACAUGUUCUACAGACAGGAAUCCGACAUAUCUGCUGCUACAGCUAAAUCCUUGAGUCUACGCGAGCUAGCAAUCCACCAAAUCGGUAGCCAUCUUAAUCUUUACAAAGCUAUGUUACUAGGCUCUAGCCCUAGGUCUGGAGAUGUUAACAGCUCAGAUGAAUCUAAAUUAAACAGGAAAUCCAGCUUUAUGUUCAGUUGCGAGGAUAUCAUGGUGGACUCCACAUCUAUUCUCAAGGACUCCAGACAUCCAUCCCACACACAUCUAGCUCAUGGGACACAAGACGGGACAACUCAUAGGGUUGUAACUCUUAACCGGACCCAGAGCGCGGUUGGACAAGUCACUAGAAAACCGUCUUGUCGUCGCCAAAGAAACUUCUCUGAGUCCGAUUACGACCCAGUGUUUAACAAGAACUUGUCAUUCUGUAAUCUCUCCGCAAAAGACAGAAAGAUAACGUUGAUCGGUUCAACGGAACUGGUUUCUGAGGAAUCCCAGAAAAAGAAAUUUGCCGUCCAUCCGGCUUCAAGCUCGGACAAUGAAAAAGUUGUGAAGAAACGUGAAAGUAUAAUGGAUAAAAUAUCCCGGUAUAUUGAUCUAUCCCUGUGUUUGAACCCGGUGUUUCUCCUGCUAGCCUGUUCAGUAAUGAUGAUGGCAGUGGGUAUGCCUCAUUGUCUCUACUUCCUUCCAACCUACGCAAUGAACGCAGGUCUCUCCUCAUCUGACGCUAGUCUCCUCCUCUCUCUCAGUGCUGUAUUUGAUCUCGGAGGAAGGUUGGUUUUCGGAUUUCUUCUUGACCUCAACCUGUUCCCGAAGUACCUGGCGUAUGCCUCGAUGAUGUUCCUGGCGGGGUUCGCUGCCAUCUCUCUUCCCUCGGCCACAACCUUCGUUGAGAUCUCCGUGUGUAUGGGCUGCUAUGGAGUAGGUACGGGCAGUUGGUUCCUCAUGGUUCCUCUUCUCUUAGCAGAACAGUUAGGGGUGGAGAAGAUUGCAUCCUCCUAUGGUCUAGUGAGAUUCUUCCAAUCACUCACAAACUUUUCCGGACCUAUGGUCUCCGGGUACCUUUACAGUAGUACAGGAUCUCUCCAGGCCUCAUUCUACUUCAUGGGUUCAAGUAUUCUUAUAGGAGGAAUAGUGAUUCUCUUCCUUCCUUUAGCAUUACGAUGUGACAAAAAGAGAAAUCAACCUGAACAGUGAGCAAUCAGACAGAUUCUGAACUUUUCUUGAACCCUCAUAAAUUUGUACAUGAUAAAUUGCCUAACAUGAUUAUGAUCUAUUCCUAAUCCUGACAAGGUAUUGAUCUUUCUUCUGAUCCUUAUCCCAAACUUGAUCCUGCUACUAAUACUGAUACUGCUCCUGAUCCUAUUCCUCAUACUGCUCCUGGCCUGAUUCUGAUACUGAUUCUAAUCCUGACACAAUUCAGAUUUAAUCCUGGUAAUGUCCCUAUUAUGACACAGAAGUUAUAACUGACCCUGAUAAUGUUCAGGAUUUGAUUUUGAUCUUAAUCCUGAUCCUGAUAUUGUUCCUGAAAUAGUUCCGAUCGUAAUCCUAAUCCGGAUAAUGUUCCUGACAUGGUUCUGAUCCUGAAUUGUUCCUGACAUAAAUUUGAUCUUACUCCUGAUAUGAUAAAGUUUCUUAUACAAUUCUGAUCAUAAUCCUGAUUCUGAUAAUGUUUCUGACAUAGUUCUGAUCUUAAUCCUGAUCCUGAUAAUGUUUCUGACAUAGUUCUGAUCUUAAUCCUGAUCCUGAUGAUGUUCCUGACAUUGUUCCGAUCUUAAUCCUGAUCCUGAUAAUGUUUCUGACAUAGUUCCGAUCUUAAUCCUGAUCCUGAUAAUGUUCCUGACAUGGUUCUGAUCUUAAUCCUGAUCCUGAUAAUGUUCCUGACAUGGUUCCGAUCUUAAUCCUGAUCCUGAUAAUGUUUCUGACAUAGUUCCGAUCUUAAUCCUAAUCCUGAUAAUGUUCCUGACAUGGUUCUGAUCCUGAAUUGUUCCUGACAUAAAUUUGAUCUUACUCCUGAUAUGAUAAAGUUUCUUAUACAAUUCUGAUUUUAAUCCUGAUCCUGGCACAAUUCAGAUCUGAACCAACCCUGAUAUCGUUCCUGACACAUCCUUAACCCUGAUCCUGAUCAUAAACUUGAUCCUGAAAUUUAUUCUUAUAUCCUCAAUCCUCAGAUUCUGAUCACUUCAAGCAAUCAUUUAUUUUUUUUUACUUCAAAACAUAUUUGGCUCAAAAUGAAUCUGGAUCUGAUGAAAAAAAUCAUCUUUUAUUCGAGUCACAAGGUCACACUUACAACACAAGUAUUGAGAAUGUAUUUUUAAAAAUAUUUCUAAAAUAAUUUUGUUAGUACUCUCUGACUCCAGGUACUAGCUAGGACUGCUGUGAUAUUUAUAAUUCAAUCAUUGAACGUAGUGCUACAGCACAACUAAAUUUUAUGUUUAAAAAAAACAUUUUUCAUAUAUUAUAUUUAUUACUUUGUAUUAUGAAUCCAUUUCCACAUUCCAAUGGAUUGCCUGAAACCAAAAACAGAAUAUUCACGCUGUAUAAAUUGCUAUUAUAUAAUUAUUUACAAAAUAAAGCUAAAAAACGUUG